GUAUUCUUUGAUGCUACUUGCUACGUAGUUACCAGCUGUCACAUUAUUUUGUGAUUCAUUGAUUAAUAAUCAUUGUCACUAAACAAAACAAAAUAAAAGCGGUCACCGGAAUAAAUAGCAAAUACUAAAUAGCUUAUAAAGAAAUUAAAAGGUGAAUCUCUCAUUUUAUCAUUCGUAAGUGAAGAAAGAAGCUCGAAACGGAAUCAUGAAUCCACAGUACCCAGGACAACACAAUCCAAUCUACCCACAAAUUUACAAUCCUUCCACUGCUCCUGGUCAACCAGGGCAGCCUAUGGUACCCGGUCAGAUUCAGUAUGGUACAGGCUUUCCUCAAAAUGUUCCAUACCCAUAUCAACCCGGAUUUGCUGUGUACCCAGGGCAAGUGCCUGGUCAGGCGGGAUCUGUUCCACCAUCGGCUAUGUCAUACCCAAACAUUCAACCUACAGCUCCAAUGUACGGGUAUCCUGGAGCUCCUAGUGUGACUCCUCAGCAAACAUACUCAGCUGUUGAAUGGAUACCAACUACACCUCAAGCGGCAAAUGCUUUUAGUGACCGAGCUGUUGUAGCUGGCUACGAGGGUUAUGAUCGUAGCCCUCUAUGGGUCAUUAGGGCCAGAUUUGAAGGUGAUCUCAUUCCUGGGAAAUUGGCCAUAAAACAUCAUUCUGCAUAUGUACCUUGGGGUGGUAAGGAGAAUCCUGUUCAGAGCAUUGAGAUUUGCUGUGCUUCUCCAGAUAGAAUUCGCUGGGUGGAGAACAGAGACGGAAUGAUUCCACCCAAUGCCAUUGCUGCUGGUAUUACAACAUCUGGAGAGCCGCUGUAUGUGGGCAGAGCUCGGGAACAGGGCUCCCUCACUCCAGGAAAGGUGCAACCAAGCCACAAAGUCAUGUAUUUGUCGUUUGCAGGCAAUGAGAUUGCACACAAAGUUUAUGAAAUCCUCUGCUCCGUUUAAGUGAGGUCUAAUAUAGCUAUUAUCAGCAUUUUAAUCGUAGUUUGUAAGUAUGGAAUAUAUUUUGUAACCUUUUCUAUAUUAAAAUUACAUUAUUUUUUUAUAUUUUUGCAUUGAUAUAGUUUAAGUGGCACUUCUAAUGUUAAGCAUUUAUGUUAUUUGGUGAAUUUGGUGUUAUAUGUAUUAAAGAGAAAAAAAAAAGUGUCAAUAUGCUACAUAUUAAGACUGUUUACUAAGGUCCGUUUAUAAAACGGAGUUAAAGUUGAUUAUACUAUUAUUGUUAAGAUUUUUUUCAUAAAUAUAUCUCAUGUAAAUUUAUAA